UAUAACUUUAGCAAAUUAGAAAGAAGUUCAAAAAAGGAAACUUUGAACACUAUAAACUGUCAAAAAAUAAAAACCAACAUCUCUGUUAAUAAAAUUAUCAAUAAAAAUUCCAAUCUUUGGUAUUCUGAUAAAAGUUCAGAGAUAGAUGCUGAUGAAGAAUUCGAGGGAGAUCUACAGACACCGACGAAAAAAUCGCCGAUUACUGCAAGCGCUGGUGAUGAUCCGCGUUCCGUCACAUUAUUAAAAAGCUUGGCGUUAAAAUGCGAAUGUCGCGAAUGCAAUGAUCAUAAAUACACAUCUAUCAUUCGUACUGAUCAACAUACUGAAACUGAAGCUUGGAGCUCGCCUGACAUAGAAAGCGCGAGAAAAUGGACAACAACAAGACAUCGUAAAGUCAUCGAUAUGAGUUCCGAAGAUUUAGAUUCGUCGGAUUAUAACGCUGCUAAUUAUGGAAAUGACAAUAGCAAGACAAACAAGAAGAACAAUGGGUCAAAUUUCACGGGUCAUAUUAGGAAAUCAUCUUCAAUAAUUAAUCACACAAAAGUGAAAACUUGUCGAACAACUAGUUUCUCGUUUUUUAAUGUAUUUUUCGAUAUUGUUUUCUGGCCUUUUGUUUUUCUUCGCGCAAAACAAUGAUACGCUACAAUAUUGUAUUAUAAAAUUCACAUUACCUAUUAUUACAUGACUUGUCAAUAUUUUGACUUCUAAAUGUACUUUCCCAUAGUAAUAAAAGCAUAAAAACUUGAAAUAAAAGAUUUGUAAAACAAGAUCUUUAAAAUAAUUAAUAGAAAAAUAUGUAUAAAAUAAGACUAAUUUAAAUGGUUGAUAAUGUAACUCGAAUUUAUUAUUAUAUAUAAAGAUUUAGUAUUAUAUUGAGAUAUAUAAA